AUGGGGUACCUACCAACUAGAGAUCGAUUGGGAUUCGUAGUAGAGAAGAUGUGUCCUGUGUGUGAAUUGGAAACUGAAACCACUCUCCAUAUCUUUUGGGAGUGCCACUGUGCGCGUGCACUUUGGUUCAGUAGCCCAUUCUCUUGUGUCAUGGAGAGUGUACCAAGUUUUGCUGAUAGUGUCAAAGGAAGGAUAGAGUGGAUGCUUUCAAUCCUCCCGUCGGAUCUCACAAGCAAGUUCCUGAAGUUCACGGGUUGCUUAUUUGAUGAAGUGUGGAAAGCUAGAAAUGAGGUACUAUAUAAGAGUAAAUUGAUUAACAUUACAAAGGUCAGGUCCUCAAUCUUGAGAAAGUUCUCCGAAUCUAUGGUGGCUGAGGAGAACGGGGAAGCAGGGUUAGCUGUGGGACUGCUUCAUAUUCGCGAAAACAAAGUUUUCUGGUAUGCCAGGAAAGACAAAGCGGAGUCUGCUGCAGAAGCUGAGAUGAUUGCCAUCCUGUGGAGGUUGCAACUGGCUGCAGUAAAAGGGUUCAAGUCGAUUGCUAUUGCCUCAGAUGCCAUGGUUUUAAUCAGGGCGUUUCAUGAAAAGAGAUACCCACCGCUGUGGAAAUUGAGACCUAUGGCGGUGGAGACAAUAUGGAGUGUGAUGCCUUAG